AUGGAGCCAAAGCAGGAAGACACCAAGGGCGACUUGGGUGGAAGCUCCACUGGGUUAGCUUCACCUCCUCUUGAGACUAGAAUGCUCAAAAUGGAGGAGAACCAGGCCGAAAACAAAGGAAUUGAUAACCCUCGGCUUCAGGAUAGCCUGCAAGCUGUGAUACUUCAGCUUCAAGCGCUUGCGACCAUUAUGGGACGUUCACACCUUGCACAGAACCCUAGCACAAACCUUUAUCGGCUUCGGAAAGGCGUUCUAAGAUUGAUCAACUUCCAAAACCCGGAAACACGAAUUGUUGGCCUUGUUGGCAACACUGGCGUCGGAAAAAGCUCCGUCAUCAAUUCGAUCCUCGGUGGUAACAGCCUUGCUCGAACGAACGACGACAUUGACGCAUGUACAUGCGUCAUAGUCGAGUAUCAUGGCGUUGAUGAGAAGCAUCGUCAACCAUAUACGGUCGAAGUUGACUAUAUGGAUCGCAAGGAAAUGAGGGAAUACCUCGAGCACCAUCUAAGGAGCUACCGCCAAUGGUAUUUUGAACUCGAGAGGCCCAAAAUGACCCGUAUAAAGGACGAAGACUGGAUUCCAGCAGACGAUGCAGAUGAUUUGAAUGGCUCCGAGGACGGAGAUGAGGUCAAACUCACGUCGAACGAAAUCGUUAACCUACAGAAGGCUCAGCAAUCUACGCAGGAAGCUUUCAAAGCUCUGUUCAAAGGGUCCGAUGAGCCCACUCUGAAAGACCUUGUCCGAGAUGACAGCCACGAGGCAGAAAGCGAAAUUCUCGACACGUUAAUGGCGAAGGCCAUACGGGGACUAGCCAAUCGCCCGGGUGGUGAAGAGGCCAUUCUAUACACAGAGGCUUCGGAUGGCGUUCAAGAAUGCAGAGAGCUUCUUGAUCUACUGACCACCGAUUCUCGAGGCGAUACGCCCGCUGUUUGGCCUUUCAUCAAGCUGAUAAGGGUUUAUCUGGAUGCUCCUAUCUUGCAGAACGGUCUGGUGUUGGCAGAUAUGCCCGGUCUGCGAGACUUGAACUAUGCGAGACAAGAAGCGACAGAAAGAUAUAUUAAAAAGCAAUGCCACGUUCUCGGAUUUGUGACCAGGAUCUCCCGAUGCCUUACCGAUGAGACGAUCGAAGAGAUUAAUUGGAAAACAUGGACCGAGUUACCUGCAAUUGUGAUCGCAACCAGAGCAGAUGAGGUCGGAGGCACCGGAAGUGACAGAGGCGAUCCGAUUAUUGAUCAAGUCUUGCGAGAUCUGGACGUUCGCAUUAAGCAGGUAAAGGACGAAGCCGCAAGAGCUUGCUCAUCAAUGCGGAAGGCCCAGGGUUUUGAAAAGGGAGACCUGGCUGAGAAAUGGGACGAUUUGAAAAAAGAGGAAGGAAAUCUCGAAUUUUUAAAGAAAAAAGCCCAGGUCGACUAUCGAAACAGCAAGACAACUACUGGAAUGGCCGUAAUGCCCUCUCGCAAAGACAUGAAGGUCUUUUGCGUUGGGAAUAAUGACUACCUGACGAACUGCAAUGGCGACAGUGAACAGGAACAGGCGUAUGUUGAGCUGAGUGGAAUCCCGCAACUGCGAGCCUACUGCCAAUCCAUUCCUGCAGAGGCUCAGAUGCGCCAACUCGCCACAUUCUUCCGGCUCAACGUUCCGUCGGCCAUUGCCUCUGUCACGCUGUGGGCGAGCGGGGCUUUCGAUGGCGAGCAAAAAGCGAAAGCGACCGACAUCUCUGAAUUGCUUGGAAAGGUGGAAGUCGACUUGGUUUCACACUUCAAGUCUAAUCAUGGCGGACUUGUCGGGAGCACUCGUGCAGAGCUUCAGCGUCUAUUCGAACGUCGUAUUGGCGGCGUUAUCGAUGCAUUUCGUUCUGAGUGGGAAGCCAGGUGCACUGAGCUUUGCAGCGAAUGGGUGCAAUGGCCUUGUGGAUCAUUUGCAGCCGCGUGUCGCAAGCAUGGGGUACAUUCAACCCAGACGUACGGCGAUUGCAAUUGGAAUGUGCAGUUGAUCGAGCCCACAUGCGAGAAGGUGAACGAUGCAUGGGAUGAAUUCAUGCAUUGUUUGAAGCAACAGCAGGAUGGCAUUGCCAAGGAAAUCACCGAAAAGAUUCAGCAGAUUUGUGCACCUCUUCAAAGAGACCCCGGCUUGACCCAUAGUUCCAGAACCGGCCUUCUUAAAAGCAUGCAGUUCCGCGAGGCGAUGAUAAUCGAUGUGUUUCACCGGACCUUUGAGGAAGCUUUCAGAGAAGCAAAGAUUGUCAAGGACAAUAUGAUCAACUUCAAGAAAAACAGAACUGCGAUCAUCACGAAGUACAUGCUAUCUGCUUAUCAAUUCGCCAAUUCGCAAAGAGGCAAGGGAUGUGACUCGAGGCGCAAAAGGCACAUGGAAGACCAUAUAAAACCGGGAAGCUCAAACAACAGUGGCGUGAUCGGCAACUACAAGGUUCUUUCCCAAAAUUCAUGGUCGCAUGCGCUCAAGUCGCAUUUCAAAAGGCUUAAGCAAAAGGUUGCUGAGGUGGUGGACCAACAGGUACUUGACUUGCAAGGAGUGGCUGCCGAGCAAGGAAAGAUGCCAGAAGCCUUCGGUGACACUAAAACGGCUGGGGAAGUUAUGGAACAGCUGAAAGUGAUUGAGGGGACGCUCAAUCACGCCCAAGAAAGCCUGCGGGAAAUCGCGAGCAACCGGAAGUGA